GCUUCUCGUCACGAUCCGGAUCUUUCGUUUUUGGCAUCCCGGCGUCCGCCUCCUCCAAUUGCUCGUACGAUUGUUUACAUUAUUCAUGGAAUGCUUGUAGUAUUCAAUCUUGGAGCUUGCGGAUAGCUGACAUCAUCGCUUCGAAGCGGCGGUUCGCGACGAUAACGCGCAUCUCACUCACAAAUCGAACGCCAACCGCAAGCCCACAAUGUUGAGGGGGACGACCUAGAGAACCAUGAACAUGUAGGAUUGGUACUCUCUUUGGCCCGGAUCAUAGGCGACAACGGUCUGUCAACUGCACCAAAGUGGCGAUGGGCUUGCCAGCAAGUCUCGCGCGCGACAUAUCGCCACCGCGGCCUUCAAAGCGACGAAGAACAUCUGCGACAGAUAUCGGGAGUUCAAAGGCAAAAGACACUCUGCAGUCGGAUGCAAACCCGACUGUCCCCAAGACUUUACCCGCGCUAGCAGCAGUAGAAGCCGGCAAGGUCAAGAUUGACGAUCACCUUACGUACUUCAAAAGCCACCUGGUGAAAAGUUCUAGAAACACACGAAUUGGUGUACCAAGGCUCUCAAUCGAUGCAUUUGCCGCACUCUACCAUUCCAACGCCCACUCUGGUGGUCACCACUUUGUUGUUCAUCAACACAACCACCCCAUUGCGGGCGUACAUUAUGACCUUCGUCUCCAGUUCUCAGAAACGAGCUCGAUGUCCUUCGCCCUUCCAAAGGGACUCCCCGGCAAUCCCAACUCGAAAAGCAUAGGAAGAAUGGCGAUCGAGACCAGAGUACACAACUACUGGAACCAUCUGAUUGAGAGUGCUAGCAGAAAGACUGGAAGCUUGAUAAUAUGGGACACUGGAACUUACUAUAUCCUGCCCAGGACGAAGAGAAAGAACGGGAUGCCAAGUCCACAGACUAAGGAUAAUGACGAGACAGAAGACGAUGAAGUGGCAAAUGAGGGAAGCGAGGUUGCAGGCGGAGAGUGCCAGGAGAGCUCAAAGCUGGUAGCAGCUUUCAAGGCUCGAUACAUCCGCCUACGCCUACAUGGUACCCGUCUGCUAAACAAUUAUACAGUCGUAUUACGCCUCCCAUCGAAUGAGAUCGUUAAGAAGCCGACAGCGAGACGGAACGGAAGAAGACGACGAUCUCAGCGUAGCCCGGCGACACGAACCCCUGCGACCUCAGAUGACGAAGCUAGUAUCGCACACCCGUCUGUAAAUGAGGAAGCAGCAGAUCAAGAUCUCGACACCGACACAGAAGAGGAUGACUUGACACGCGCCACAAAUGCAUAUCCCGGCUCUACGAACGACAUCGGGUCGGUACAUCAACGGCGGUGGUUUCUCCAACUCGAUCGGCAGAAUAGCGGGUUUCGUCUGGAUUCCUCCGGCGAGGGAAGGGGAAAAUGGACUGGAGGAUUCAACCCAUUCUUCGUACGCGGUCGAGACCAUGAGCGAAGCGUUGUUACCGGAAGAUUAGCACGAGAUGUUGAAAGCGACGAAGGAGUUGAAGGUUUUGUAGGAAGGGGAGGGUGGAUAGGAAUCGAGCAUUAGACAUAGUAUACAUUAGAUCAGACGUUAAGGAAGACACCUGCGGUUACUUGGGGUAUCAGAAUGUAGUC